GCGUUCUGGAGUGAAAAGACAUUUUAGCCCUUAACUAGCUGUGACACUGAUCUUACACAACCCUCCCGCGGAAAGGCUGCAAUAGAACUACAAAUCCCAAGAAGCGCUGUUUUCUUUGUUAACCUCAUUUCCGUAAAUAGAAAUGGCUGCAUUCUGAAUUUGCAGAAGGGAGGUGCUCCAAUCUCAUUCAAUCCGACAACAUAUUCUAGAAAUAUCUUGAUUGUACGCUUUGUUUUCUUUUUCAGCGCCUCAAUAGCGAGUGUUUUGUUCCAUGUAACCCAGACAUCUGUAUUUUUGGAUUGACUAGUUUGGUCGUUGCGUAUUUUAUGUUAAAAUUAAAUUGAGAGGAAGAAAAAAGGGACGUACGCAGCAGUAUUUUCAGCUAGUUGUGUGAAGCUUAUCAUACAGAGAAACAUGCCACUGGGUUCGGAUAAACCAGGCUCCAGUGAGGAGGACAAGUUGAGUGAUUCGAGCGAAAGCAGAAACAGAGCUGACUCUGCAGAGCGGGCUUUAGGAAUUAGACAGCGCACGCCCAGCCCUCACCAAGGGAACGCUCCUCAGUCUAGUCCUAGAUUUGUGUCAGUGGAAGAGCUGAUGGAGACGGCUAAAGGAGUCUCUAACAUGGCACUGGCCCAUGAGAUUGUGAUGAGCAGAGGAUUCCAGCUGAAACCUUCUGACCCAGCUGAAGGCAGUUUAGAAAAAAGAGUGCAAGAUAUUGUGCACAAGGCAUUCUGGGAUUGCUUAGAAGUCCAACUGGGAGAAGAUCCUCCGACAUAUGACCAUGCGAUUAAACUGCUGGGAGAAAUUAAAGAGACUCUUCUGUCAUUCCUGCUGCCUGGUCAUAGCAGACUGAGGAAUCAGAUUAACGAGGUUGUGGAUCUGGAUCUGAUAAAGCAGGAGGCAGAGAACGGAGCGCUGGAUAUUAACAAAGUAGUGGAGUUUAUCAUCAGCAUGAUGGGAACGCUGUGCGCGCCGGCACGGACGGACGAGGAGAUCAGGAAACUCCGGGACAUCACAGCAAUCGUUCCACUGUUCAAGGCCAUUUUCUCAGUCCUGGAUUUAAUGAAGAUUGAUAUGGCUAACUUUGCUGUAAGCAGCAUUAGACCACAUCUGAUGCAGCAGUCUGUUGAAUACGAGAGAACAAAAUUCCAGGAAUUCAUUGAAAAACAACAUAAUGCCUUGGAUUUCACUCAAAGAUGGCUGGAAGAAGCAGCUAACAGUCUUGUAAACUCCGGAGCAGAUGCCACACUUGCCCCUGCUGGUGCAGCAGCCUCCGGUGGUCCUGCGUUCUGUCCUCUCACUGUGCACAACCAUGCCUACAUGAGUCUGCUCAGGUGGAACCACAGGCGCACGCCUUUCCCUGAAACUCUGUUAAUGGAUCAAAGCCGCUUUGAAGAAAUGCAGAUGGCACUGGAACAGCUGACCGUAGUAGCAGCGGUGCUACUGAUUGUGUACAACGUCGCUGGGGCUGCAUUAUCUGGCCUUCCAGGGUUUGCAGACAAACUGAAGGGGAUUGUGAAUGUUCUGCUGGCAGGCAUGCAUAUUCCAUCCUUCAAUAUGAAUGAAACCUUGGCUACUAUUGGUGAAAAACUAUGCGUUGAGGUUAACAGCUGCCUGUCCCAGCAUGGAUUCACUCAACUUUCUGCUGACAAAGCUGCUGUUCUGAAAGGGCAGACCCAAGCUGUGGUAAAACCAGAUAACUCAGUACGCAAACUCAUAGAUUCCCGCAUACAGACCUUCCUCAUGUCUUACCUUGACUCAAGCCAUCACAAAUCAAGUCCAGUUGUCCCAGGUGGUCUUGUGCCAAUUCAGAAAGAACUGGAAGAAAUCGCUGUCAAAUUCAGCCGCCUUGUGAACUACAAUAAGAUGGUCUUUGCACCUCACUAUGAGAAAAUUCUUAAAGAGAUCCUCAGUAAGGACGAGUCUCAUUCAAUGGGAAAAUCUGCAGGGCAAGGAUGAAUAUUAAAACUGGGUCACUCAGUCUGCCAAUCUGACAAUUGGGGAAUUUUCCAUUCACAGCAGGACUUUAAAAAGCAAAUUAGACAAAUGUUUCAACGAGAAGUCUUUGUCAAAUUCCUUUUUGUUACAACAAAACCUUCCUGUUGAAACAACAUUUGAUUCAUUUUUGUUUCAGUACAGUUAUUGUCUGGACCAGAGAUCAUUUGAACUAGUUAUCCUAAACGACCAUAAACUUAGACUGAACUGGAAAACGCGCUUAGCAUCUCUCUGGGCAUUAAAAAUUAUUAUGCUGUUUGGUUUUCUCUGCAGAAUUAUCAGUACUGUGCAUUAUACUGUAGAAUAGCUGAAAGGGUAUAAUUAGGGCUUAUGUUUUUUGGUUUUUAAAUUUCAUUUUUCAGUGCUUAUUUUUAGCUGCUUUUUUGAGGCGUUCGCUUUUUACAUACUGUAUGACGUUAUUGUUUUCGGUUACUUUCCAAAAUGCUUGGCUGUUUUUUUCUGUCACAAGUAACUCGACAGUACUUGCACACUUAAGUUGUACCUUCUUUCCUUUGCUGUUUUCCUUAACAAAAUCCUUAUGGUCACGGGCACAUUCUUCUAGGGUUUUUGUGUCUUUAGACUUUUUUUUACAUUUCACCGUAAUUUGCAAUUCAGUUUUAUUCUAGCUAACUAUAAUAUAGCUUUAAAUCCUGCGAGCAAACCUUCUAAUUGUAAUCUUGUUUUAAAUCUCACAAGCGGAGUCUGCAGUAGAAAUGUAGGAAUUUGUUGCCACUCAGUAGUAGGGUGGUUUUAAAGUAUUCAGAUGAAAUCAGUGAUCGAUACAAAGUCAGGAAGGAGGAACAUUGCCCAACUGCACUGGGAAAGGUAUUUGGUUUUGUUACUUUAAAUGGGAAAGGAGUGGUCUAGUGAAUUGAGUAAGCAUUUCCAGUGUUUUUCUGGUGUUUAUUGGCUAUACACCAAUUUUAUUUUAUUUUUGUGUCGGGUGUUUUAAUGGUUUUUAUCAGUUAAAACCGAAACCCUGGGUAUAAUGCUUUUUUACAUGCAUUGCCUACAAAUAUAAGGCAAUCUGGUAGGCAAGAUUAAUAUUUACCUGGUCCAUGAAAAGCAACGCCAACCUCUCAAUCUGUGCUUAAUGACUUUGCUUUAUCAUUAGACUGUCAAAUCAAUUGUGCAGGAUUAGUAACUUAAUUUAGUACAAACCAUUUUGUCUUUGAUUGAAUCAGGUUCAAUAACAAUUCUGUGGGUAUCCACAGCGUUUUACACGGCACCAACGAGGGUUAUGCUUUAAUCAUACUGUUAUGUUGUGUGAAUGUUUUAUUUUGGGAGAUUCUCCAGCUUAGUUAUCGUAUGGGUUUCUCUGCUGUGCCUCCACACAUCAGUGCAGACAAUGUGAUGCACUCCAAGGGUAACCCAUCCAUCUAGGAAAAAGCUAGAGCAACCUUUUAAUUGGAUUAUCACAUAUGGCUUGCAAUACGAUUUAGACUAGGUAGAAUGCAACUAUCAGCCUUCAGCAUCUUGUUUACACCUACAGACUGACAUAUUUAUUUAAAAUGAAAUGUCAGUAUAACUUUUUUCUUUUUUUAAUGUAUUCCUUCAUACAUUUAAAGCUCAGAAUUACCCUUCCCUAUAAAGGAACAGUACCUCAGUGGUAAUAUGAAAACAGUAUUUUUUUUCUACUGCAUUUUGUUUCUCAUUCAUGUUAAAUUUUGUUCAUUUGUUAGCAAGUUCCAGAAUCAGCUGAGUGAUAAUUCACUGUUGCUGCAUUAUUCAAGCUUGGGUUCACAUGAACCACAUUGUUUGCUAUGUAAAAUAAAUUACUUUAUUUGAA